AUGUUUGGUAGGUUUUUUAAGAUAUUCUUAACAAGUUCUAAUGUUGUUCUCCUUUCUUUCUUGGUUUAUCUUGCUGCAGAAGACUGUAUUGAAGAAGAAGAAGAAGAAGAACAAGUGGAAGAAAUCAAGGAAGAUGCAGAAGAAGCCAUAGCAGAAGAACCCGAAGAGCAAGCUAAAGAACAUGAAGAAGGGGAAUCAAAGCCCAAACCCAAAUUGUUCAUGCCUAAUCUGGUCCCUCCAAAGAUCCCUGAUGGAGAGAGAGUAGACUUUGAUGAUAUUCACCGGAAACGAAUGGAAAAAGAUCUGAAUGAAUUACAAACUCUAAUUGAGGCUCAUUUUGAGAAUCGAAAGAAGGAAGAAGAAGAGCUGAUCUUCCUCAAGGACAGAAUUGAGCAGCGGCGAGCUGAACGAGCUGAACAACAACGGAUCCGUAGUGAGCGAGAGAAGGAACGCCAGGCCCGUCUGGCUGAAGAGAGAGCUCGAAAAGAGGAGGAAGAAGCUAGGAAGCGGGCUGAAGAGGAUGAGAGGAAGAAAAAAGCUUUCUCCAACAUGCUUCAUUUUGGAGGCUACCUUCAGAAGACAGAGAAGAAAAGUGGGAAGAAACAAACAGAGCGGGAAAAGAAGAAAAAGAUCCUCACUGAGCGUCGUAAACCCCUGAAUAUUGAUCAUUUGAAUGAAGACAAGUUGAGGGAAAAGGCCAAGGAACUGUGGCAGAGCAUUCAUGAACUCGAGGCUGAGAAAUUUGAUUUACAGGAAAAGUUCAAAAGGCAGAAAUACGAGAUUUCCAUACUUACUGCACGCUGUGAUGAGUUAAGCAAGUACUCCAAGGCUGCCCGUGGAAAGCCUGUGGUUGGUGGCCGAUGGAAGUGAAAUGUGUAUCCUGUCGAGACUCUGAAGACAGCCAUUCAAUACAUUUGAUCCACUCUCCCAGUCUGUGUGGUCCAGAUAACUGCACCAACUUGUCUAGAUUUUCCAGAACAAUCUGCUUUCUAAAGGCCUCACUCUAUAACUGCACAGCUCCAGCACUGCACGAUGGAAAUGGACAGAUUACCUGUCACUCAAGUUAAUACAUUUGUGUCUGUAAAUAAAGCAACUCAAAAAGCUGUAA